AUGGACAAGAAAACAAACGAGGUGCUCAAAUUUCUGAUCGACUGGAAUUAUCUCCUCAUUGAGCCUCCAGUCGAGGGAUCUAUUGCCGAGAUAUACUUCUGCUUCAUUGCGUCGUGCCAGGUGAAAGGCAAGGAUAAAGUGUCGUGGUUGCAAUUUGUCAAAUGUCUGCAAAAACUGAAUGAGAUAUGUAUUCACAACGCCUUCACCUGCUUGCCUGCAAACGCACUGUCACUGGCAUAUGAGGACCCCUUCAAAUGCUUCAGUAAGAUCACACACAUGGAUCGACUGGCCCUGAAUUUGAUAUACAAACAAGUGAAAUUGUCGUCGAAUCCGCCUAUUGAGCCACCAAAGACACCUCCUCUACCCUUGUCAAGACUAAGAUUGGCAGCACAGAGAGAAGUUCCCAAAGAUAAAGAGGAAAGACUAGACUUGCUGAUGGAACUCGUGGACCGUCCACCUGUCAAGUCAAAAAGAGCCGCGAGCGACCUGUACGCAGGAUUGAGUCCACUCGACAUCGAAGACGUGUAUACAACCACGUCGAGAUCCAAAAGACUGGAUCAACUGACUCUGCUGCUUUCUGUUCCAGCCGGAUCGCACAUAUUGGCAAAGGAAAGGGCAAAGCUGAGAACUCCGAUCAAGCCGUUCUUUGACUGCUGCGAUGACUCCAGACACGCACAACUCUUGAUCCCUCUAACAUCGUUUGACAGAACAACCAAUUACUGCAAGCUCAAUUCGACAAGGCUGAACGAUCGUCUCAAGCUGGAAACUGGGUCCAGCGACACGUACACCGAACUAGCCAGAUGCGUCAGCCAGAAAAUCCAUUUCAUCCCCAUCAUACAGUCACAGACAGACAUCAAACUAGGAGACUGCUCAUACCUAGAUACCUGCCACAAGAUGUCGUCGUGCCGGUACGUUCAUUACGGGCAACUGAUGCCUCAAGAUGACAGUGCCUCCAAAAAAGCUGCUCAACACAAUAAAAAUAUCAGCAAAUCGAUGCAGAUCUCCGAUUUUACCAGGGGGGAAGCCAUUUCUCCUGCCACGAGGCCGGAACUACCAGCCCAGUGGAUCAACUGCGACGUCACGAAGCUGGACUUCAGUAUUUUGGGAGAUGACUUUGCUCUUAUCAUUGCAGAUCCCAGCUGGACGAUCCAUAUGAACCUGAACUACUCCAGCUUGACAGACUCGGAUUUGCUUCAAAUAAGAAUGGACAAACUGCAAAAGGAAGGCCUAUUUCUUCUUUGGGUGACAGGAAGAACUAUUGAGACCGGCCGCGACUUUUUGAAAAAAUGGGGGUACCAAGUGGUCAAUCAGAUCACAUGGGUGAAAACAAACCAGCUGGUCAGAACCAUCAGUACGGGAAGAACCGGGCAUUGGCUCAAUCACUCAAAGGAGCACUUGCUUGUAGGCCUCAAAGGAAAUCCGAAAUGGAUCAACAAAUGCAUAGACCCGCAAAUUUUGAUUUCUUCCACCAGGGAGACCUCCAGGAAGCCAGAUGAAGUAUACGGAAUGGUAGAGCGCAUGGUGGGGCCUGGCACGAGAAAGUUGGAGAUUUUUGGACGGCAGCACAAUACUAGGCCCGGGUGGUUGACAAUCGGCAAUCAGUUAAAUGGGACUCAUUUGGUUGAAAAGGAAAUUGCAGAGAGGUACUACAGUGCUUCCGCAACUGAGGCCUGA